GUCACUAUAUCUAAUAUCUGUACAAGUCGUGCAAUUGUGUAUGCACACGAGUGCGCAAUAGUGGGUAACGUAGGAACAAAUCAACAAAUUUAGUUCGGCGAUUUGAUCGAACAUUUAUUCUCAAAUAUGAUAAAUUCAGCAAAUGCGAUCACUCACCAGGUGAGGAGGUUUACAACGAGCGUGAUUCGUAGGAGUGCUCAUCACGAUCCUUAUGAUGGCGUUCCUGGAUAUAACUUUCCCUUCAGCACGAAAAAUAGGCACAUGCUGCUACUUGGAUUUAUGAUUUAUUGCGGCAGCGGAUUUUCCCUUCCCUUCUUCAUGGUCCGUCAUCAGUUGAAAAAAUAAG